CAUUGAGGCAGAUUCUUUCCGGCUUUUCCACUUUCGCUCUUCGUCUCAAUCCCUCCUGGACCAUGAGUCCCUCCGACGACGACGACGAAGACCCGAAGCUCCCUCACGACGUCGCCGUCGAGGUCCUGAAGCGAUUGCCGGCGGGAUCUCUCCUCCGGUGCAGGUGCGUCUGCCGGUCGUGGCGUUCCGCCAUCGACGACCCUCGUUUCGUGGGCCUCCACUUGACCCACUCCGCUCAAGAUGCCUCCAGCUGGUACCUCGUGUCUCUAGAUUGGUACCAUCGCCUGUGCUCUCUGUUUCCCGAUGAGUAUCUUACCCUGCCUUCCCAGUCGCAAAUCGAAAUUCCCUUUGCUGCUCCUCCCAUCGGUCACGGUAUCGUCGGUUCAUGUAAUGGUUUGAUCUGCGUCGCAGAAACUUCCGGAAAUGGCUAUGGCCGGUGGAUGUAUUUGUGGAAUGUAUUCACCAGAAAGCACAAGGCGGUUCGACGAACCGGUCCGGGCCAUCAGUUUUUUCCCCUGGGGACUGCUUAUGAAGUUCUAGGGUUUGGCUUCGACGCUAGGUCUCGUGACUAUACGAUUGUGAGGAUUCUCUAUUUUUUAGAUGAUAAUCGUCGAUGCUUUGGUGGGAGAAAGCCUCGAGUCGAGAUUUAUUCACUCAGUACAGAUUCCUGGAGAAGUUUGGAGUGUGAGGUUCCUGCUUUCUGCGCCAACAGACCUGCGGUCUUCUUGAAUGGGAACCUGCACUGGCCUUCUUUCAAGCACGAUGAUGGUGGAUAUAGAUCAAUAGUCUCGUUCGAUGUCGCAGGUGAGGUGUUUGACGAAAUGGCUCUUCCAGAAGAAAUUUUUCACCAAGACAACGGCAGUUUAAUGGUCUCUGCGGCAGUAUUAAAUGACUUGCUGGCUGUGUUCGUUAGUUUCAUAAACGCAGGUGUGGAUCCCGAACUGCAUUCCGUUUGUUCUGUUUGGGUUAUGAGGGAGUACGGCGUGCCUAAGUCUUGGACUAAGCUGUAUGCUUUUGAGGCUUGUGGACUUGUAUCAGGAUUUGAUGGCUUCACGAGGAAUGGCGAGCUUCUGAUGGAUAUAGAUGAUGAAGAACGAGUUUCUUGGAAUCCAAUAACGGGCCAAUACGCAAAUCUUCCACUAUCGACGUAUUGUGAUUUGGUCCCUGUCGUAGAGAGCAUUGUUUCACUUUAGAGAUGACUCAAUUGCUGCCACAAUUAUUGGCAUGAUAGAUUGAUUCUGCUUCCAAAAGAGUUGAAAGAGACAUCUGAAUGUUGAAGAAAUGAUCUUGUACAUCCACUCCGGCCACAAUAUGACGGGCAGAAGAAGUGAGGUGGUGCCCCAUCUGCUUUUGGUACUUCUUGCAAGCUUUAAAAUUCAUAUGCAGUUUCACAUUUUGAGUUUUUCUUUUUAGACUAGGGAAAGUCUGUUCUCUUUACAAUUUGCACUAGGUAAAACUCUGCAUUUUAGUUGCCCAAACCAAAACCGAUCGAAACCCCGAAAAUGAAAUCUAAUCUGAUUUUGUCGAGAA